AUAGAGCACCGCACCGCCAGGCUGCAGACAGACCCGCUCCGAGUCCCGUCCGCUCCACGCGCCGUCGCCUCUUCGUCACUUCCGGCAGCGACGGCCUAUACUGCGCCUGCGCAGUCGGAGUUUCCUCUCUCCGCCUCGGCGCCGGGCAGGAAGAUGGCUAAGCGCACCAAGAAGGUUGGGAUUGUGGGUAAAUAUGGUACCCGAUACGGUGCGUCCCUUAGGAAAAUGGUGAAGAAGAUUGAAAUUAGCCAGCAUGCCAAGUAUACCUGCUCUUUCUGUGGCAAGACCAAAAUGAAGAGGAAGGCUGUGGGUAUCUGGCACUGUGGAUCCUGCAUGAAGACAGUUGCUGGUGGUGCCUGGACUUACAAUACCACCUCUGCAGUGACAGUCAAAUCUGCCAUCAGAAGACUGAAGGAACUGAAGGACCAGUAGAAGCUAUAUCCUGUUCUCCUUGUGAAACUUCCCUUUUUUCCACUGUCAAGAUCUGUCCUUUUAACAAUAAAAAGGUGAUAAUGGA